ACACUGAAUGACUACACAGUUGGUGUCCGGCCCUGCUGAUGGGGUGAUCUCAUGGGAGCUGCUCUCCACCACCAUAACAAAAAGUAUCUGUUACAGUGAAUAUUCCGGAGAGUUAAGACUUCAUUCCAGCUCAGAGUACGCCCCGUUGUAUGUGUACGUGGUGAUAGUACAGUGUGCUUCUCCAAUAGUAAACCUAAAAUAGCUGUGGCAAUUUGAGAAAGGUCAGUGAAAUAUAGCAUUACAGUUCGCCCAGAUUAAAAAUAUUCGCUUUAUAUAUUUAUUAACACCUUAAAUGGCAACUACAGGCGUAAAAAGUGAUUACAGACGGCAAUUACUCGCUUUACAGUAUUGUACUAUUGUACAUGGAAUAUGCUCCUUAAGGCGGACAGUUAGGGCAGUGCGGACUGAGUGACCUUGGCGCAUGAUAAAGAGUAAACACUUCAUUUGGGUCCUGCGUGGCAGAGAGAAGUGAUACCACCCUCAGAAUGGGCAAACUGUACUCCAAGCUAUGACAAUAAAUUUAUUAAACUAAAAAUUAAAAGUUUUGGGAUGAGUGAAGUGGGAACUGUUGCCACCUGACAACUCCGACGGACACCAACGAGGGAGAGGAACAACCAGACAACAUGGCGCUCAUCUCUCUCUCACUUACGAUUGGGAUGUUGAUGGUACUCUCACACGUCGUACGAGGUCUUCUUCGUCAGGUAGUUCAUGGUGAGCUGGUCAGAGGGUGCCUGGCAGAGCUGGUGGCCGCCGCUGAGAUGGUCGCUACGUCUUAUGAGAUGUCCAGAGUAUUCGGUAACCACGGGAUAAUAGCAUACAGCAUCAUCCUGUUCCUGACUAUCCUGUGGAGAAUUAGGACCUGGGAUGGUGUCACUGCCUGCCCAUACAGCCUGCUGGGACAAUACGUGGAGAAGGGCGCUCAAUACCACCACACAAUGCUAAAGAUUCUGGCCCAACUUGUAGGUGGUGUGGCAUCCAUAAGAUGGGUCAAAUACAUGUACACGAUCGAGGUGAUGCACACACACACAAGUGGUGACGACAUUGGUUACUGUGAGUCAGACAUACAAGUCCCUGUUGUCAUGGGAUUCCUGAUUGAGGGUUCGCUCACCUGUGUCUGUGAACUUGCAUCUCGAGCCCUGGGUGAGAUCAAGCCCAAGUAUGCUGCUGCUAUCAACUCCUUCUUUGUCACUUCCAUGGUCCUUGUGGCUUUCAACCACUCAGGCGGUUACUUCAACCCAGUGCUGGCAACGUGCCUCAAGUGGAGCUGCCGCGGCCACACCAACACUGAGCACAUCAUCGUGUACUGGGCUGGCUCCAUCCUGGGUGCCAUGCUGUCCAUCAAACUCUGGAAUCUGGCCACUGUUAAGAAAGUUCUCGUUGGAUUCUUCAAACCCAAGGAAGAGUGAUAUAGUCUUGGUAAAACACUCAAGACUAACUCACUCUUCCACAAGGAUUUAUACUCUUUGUAAGAUACAGUACUUGGGUAAAUAGAAUUCAUCAUACUCUUGGUAGUACAACCAAGGAAGAACAAUCAAGCCAUACUCAAGGAGGAACACCAGUUUUAUAAAAAAAAGUCAAGAUCAAGUGUACUACACAUGGAAACAGUGGAGAUGUAGAAUUAGUCAUAUGUCUGACUUUGUAUUGUAUUGAUACCUGUAUGUUGCAUGUAUCCAAUACCGGUUGAAAAAGGGAUAUAAAUUUUGUUUGAGCAAAAGGCCGCUGAUAUGGUGUGUAUGAUCAGUAUGUACUAUCAUAUAGGUCACAAGCAUAACAGAAUGAAACGGAGACUUUCAAAUUUAGGUACUGCAGGAAGAUGCUUGAAGGCAAGAUAUCCUGAUGGGAAAACAAAUGAAGUACGGUACUAAGAUUAACUGGAGCAUAAGAAGUGUUUUUGAAAUAUAUCUGAAGAAAAGAGAUGAAGGGAUAUUGGUAGAGAUAUUAAAGGGUCCAAAUUGCAUACAGCGUCAAGGGUGAGCCAGGGGAUGGAGAUAAAAAUUAUGAUUGAAAAAGGUGUGUUUUCUCCAGAUACAAAAUACUUCACAGGAGAAAUGGUAAAACUGCCUUAAAAUAUUUGGAGUGGAGAGCCUUAGAUGCCAACCCUGCCUGACCCGAGACUUACUGGGACUAGGAUGGUGCCACAUUCCUGUCUCUACAGUGCCAGGUCCACAAGUGCCAAAUGCUUUCUUUUAUAUAGGAUUUAAAUGAACUGUUAUUCAGUAGUACAAGAUACCAUUCCAUAUUGUUGUUACUUAUUGUACUAGUUUUAUAGUAAUUGUCUUGUAUAUUUUUGUCUCACUCUGCUAUAUAGGAAGGACCAUGAAGGCCAGUAUGUUCAUAUUUGACAUUGACAUCAAUAUCGUCCUUAAGGCUGUCAAGGUCAAGUUCCAUUAUGGUCACUGAACUAUGCCAUCCAUAGGUGUGGCCCUAGGUACUCCUGAAUGUGCUGCGUAAGGAUCAAAUUUUGGUUAACAGAUCCUUACGCAGCACAUUCAGGAGUACCUAUACU